CGUCCGCUUUUGCUGGGCGCGAAGCUCGCUUCUCAGGCAGUCGCCACACUCGGAGCCGGGAUCCACAAGAGCGCAGCGCUGGGAGGGAGCAGCCCCGGGAGCCGGGGCGUUACGAAAGCUUAGGGAGCGGACAGCCCCUCCUCGGAGGGGAGGGACCCAGGCCAGGGGCCUUGCUCUCCAGAAGUUGCCCGGCUGGAUCCCAGAACUGAGUUCCGCGCGGCUUCGAUCGGCCGGCAGUCUGCGGCUCUCCGCGCAGUGCGCGCCCCCGGGGUUCGCCCUCUUGCACAGGUGUCCCGAGCGCCCAGCCAUGUCGUCCUGCAGCCGCGUGGCGCUGGUGACCGGCGCCAACAAGGGCGUCGGCUUCGCCAUCACGCGCGACCUGUGCCGGCUCUUCUCGGGGGACGUGGUGCUCACGGCGCGGGACGAGGCGCGGGGCCGGGCGGCCGUGCAGCAGCUGCAGGCCGAGGGCCUGAGCCCGCGCUUCCACCAGCUGGACAUCACGGACCUGCAGAGCAUCCGCGCCCUGCGCGACUUCCUGCGCCGGGAGUACGGGGGCCUCAAUGUGCUGGUCAACAACGCGGCCAUCGCCUUCCAGACUGAUGACCCGACACCUUUUGAUGUCCAAGCGGAGCUGACAGUGAAGACAAACUUCUUUGCCACGAGAAACGUCUGCACCGAGUUGCUGCCGAUCAUGAAACCUCAUGGCAUGGAGCCCACUUGGACAACCCUUGGCAACCAGUGGUCGAUGUUUCUCAAGAGAAGUGCUGUGGCAGCCCCUAGACCAGCACCCACUCCCCAGGUGGCAUCUCCUGCUCUGUCGUGUUUGAACUGCAGCACCACAGCAAGGCCAGCUAGACCGGAUCGGAGCUGUUACUGUGAGUGCCUGGGUGUCACCGUGGGUCUAACGAGCAGAGGGAGCUGGGCCUUAGCCAGAGGAGCAUUUACUCCGUGGCCCAACAGAAGCCCCCUCUCUACAGCGGCCUUGGGUCAUUCCUGA